AUAAAUAAAUCGUAAAGGAAAGAAAGAAGCCAAUCUGAAAAGGCUGCGUACUCUGCGGCUUCAACGAAUAUUCUGGAAAAGGCGAAGCUGUAGACAAGAACGAUGAGUUGUUGCCAGGGCCUGGGAGGGAGCCCGGGGUCAGAGAGCAGACCUGUGCUGACACCCUGUGGACCACAGCCCGAGCCGGUGAUGAAUCGUGUUGUUCGUCAGCUGUCACCGUGUGGCAGCCGGAGCAUGGCGUUAGCGGAGACCCUGUGCUGUCCGCUCGAUUUUCCUUGAAGCUGAGACUGCUUAAAAAAAAGUGUUAAUCCAAAGAGUAAACCAACACAUCUUCACAAAAGAACUGGAGUGAAAGGUCUGUAGGGUCACUUCCAGCUGGAGCUCGCCCCGACGUGGAGGGUGGCUCCUGGGCCGUCGGGGGGUCCAGGACAACCCCAGACCCUGUCCGCGCGGGCACCCACCCGGCCCGGCCACUAGCUCCGCCCCUCCCGCGGAGCUCCCGCCGCAGCCCGGCCACGCCCCCGCGCUCGCCCUUCUCUCCGAUUGGACCGCGCGGUGGAGGUGUGGCUGGAAGAGAAGGGGCUGAUUGGUAGGGGCGUGUCCAGUGCGCCUCUCGCUUUUCUCUCCGAUUGGACCGCGCGGUGGAGGUGUGGCCGGAAGAGGAGGGCCUGAUUGGCAGGGGCGUGUCCAGUGCGGCGGAACAUGGCGGAGCGCGUGCGGAAGCGGCCGUGCGGCCCGGGCGAACACGGCCGAGUGGAGUGGCGGAAAUGGAAGCAGCAGAAGAAAGAGGAGAAAAAGAAGUGGAAAGAUCUGAAGAUGGUGAAGAAGCUGGAGCGGCAGCGCGCCCAGGAGGCGGCGGCCAAGCAGCAGGAGGAGGAAGCAGCCACGCGCGCAGAGGACCGGGGACGGCCCUACACCCUGAGUGUGGCCCUGCCGGGCUCCAUCCUGGACAACGCCCAGUCGCCAGAGCUCCGCACCUACCUGGCUGGCCAGAUUGCCAGGGCCUGCGCCAUCUUCUGCGUGGACGAGGUCGUGGUGUUCGAUGAGGAGGGCCAGGAUGCCAAGACCGUCGAGGGGGAGUUCAAGGGAGUGGGCAAGAAGGGGCAGGCAUGCGUCCAGCUGGCCCGCAUCCUCCAGUACCUGGAGUGUCCACAGUACCUGAGGAAGGCAUUCUUCCCCAAGCACCAGGAUCUGCAGUUCGCAGGGCUCCUGAACCCCCUGGACAGCCCCCACCACAUGCGGCAGGACGAGGAGGCCGAGUUCCGUGAGGGCGUCGUGGUGGACCGGCCCACCCGGCCAGGCCACGGCUCCUUCGUCAACUGCGGCAUGAAGAAGGAGGUGAAGAUAGACCGGAACCUGGAGCCGGGACUUCGGGUGACCGUGCAGCUAAGCCAGAAGCAGCUCCCAGAGUGCAAGACCUACCGUGGGAAGGUGGUGUCGGCGCAGGACCCUCGCACCAAAGCCGGCCUCUACUGGGGCUACACUGUCCGCCUGGCCUCCUGCCUCAGUGCUGUGUUUGCCGAGGCCCCCUUCCAGGAUGGCUACGACCUGACCAUCGGGACGUCGGAGCGAGGCUCCGAGGUGGCCUCCGCCCAGCUGCCCAGCUUCCGGCAUGCCCUCGUGGUGUUCGGCGGCCUCCAAGGGCUGGAAGCCGCGGUAGAUGCCGACCCCAACCUGGAGGUGGCUGAACCCAGCGUCCUCUUUGACCUGUACGUCAACACCUGCCCCGGCCAGGGCAGCCGCACCAUCCGCACCGAGGAAGCCAUACUCAUCUCCCUGGCCGCCCUGCAGCCUGGGCUCGCCCGAGCUGGCGCCCAGCCCAGCUGAAGGCUCCGUUGGGUCCGGACAGUGGCGGGACAGCCGCGGGUCACCCGGCGUGCACACAGCUGGGACUCGUCUCCAAAAGCAGCCGCCUUUACUGUGCCCGCCCCAGCGCGGUCCCUCGGCCCCGCCCUCACUGGCCGCCGGCAGCGAUGGCCUUGAGGCUGCCGGUCCGCGCCAGGAUGUUGGGCACGAAGAGCAGCCCCGAGGCCCGCUCGAUGCUCUCGAUGGGCACCAGGAAGCGCUCCAGCGGCAGGGCCUCGUCCACGGGCGCGUUGGGCAUCACGUAGGAGCGCAGCUCGAUCUGCCCACCCGCCGCCUCCAGGAUGAGCACCUUGAAGAAGUGCGUGGGCACCGCCACGUGGUUCUUGCCGAUCACCUGGUACUUCACAUAGGCCUUCCCGUCGGCCUCCGUCCUGCAGGACGGCCGGGGUCCUGGUUAGUGCCAUGCCCACCUCCUCCAGGAAGCCACCCUGACCUGACCUCCAGCUUCUGCCCACCCGCAGGACAUUGUGAGACUGCUGCCCCUGCCUGGCCCCUCCUGGGCAGGGCCCCUCGCCCUCUGGGUCAGGCAGAGCGGGAGGCAAUAAAUGCUGCUGGUGGAA